GGAGAUUUGUUGUAAGAUAAUGACGUUGAGGCUAUUUAGUUUACUGACGAUGAUCUUAAUGAUUUAUGGGAUCUAUACUUUGGAUUUUGUAUAAAUAUGGGGAUUGUUGGAGAAUCAGUUUGAAAUCUGCAUCCACAUUCCCAAGCUUCAUAUCAUUCUAGCAUCUACUCAUUCACUCAAUUCAUCAUGCAGUUCUCACUCGCUAUCGUGACCCUCCUGGCUACUGCCGUCUCUGCUCUCCCCACUGAGGAGAAGCGCCAGGCUUAUAUCCCUUGCUCUGGUCUCUACGGCACUUCCCAAUGCUGUGCUACUGAUGUCCUUGGAGUUGCCGACCUCGACUGCGGAAACCCUCCCUCCACCCCUGCCAACGCCACUGACUUCAGUGCUGUUUGCUCCGCCAUUGGCCAGCGAGCUCGAUGCUGUGUCCUGCCUAUUCUUGACCAAGGCAUCCUCUGCAACACUCCUACUGGUGUCCAGGACUAAGGGAUGAUGGCUACUCCCUUUCUAAUUCAAUAUGCGAAUACGAGAUAGAUGGAUUAUGAUAUGACUAGUGUCGAGAGUGACUGGAUCGUUUCCUUUUCUAUUAUGUUCAUACAUACUUAGUGAAUCAACUUUAGCUCAAACUG